AAGAUAAACAAAGGAGGGCAAUUAAGCAUGAAGGAGAGUGGGGAAAAGGACAAAAAUGAGUGUCAUGGUGGUGACUCAAGAUUCAUGGCCAUGACUCUUAAAAGGGGAAGAAAAAAAAAGGCUCUCGAGUAUCUACUUAAAAAGGAAGAAAGCACGGUCAAAGCCAUGGUUGAUCUUAAGAAAAAAUAUGCAUAA